GGAUGAUGGUUGUUUCUCGCGGUAAAAUGCGAGAAAACGCGAGGAUUCGCUCGUCUUGUAAGGUACCAGAAACAUUUUUGUAACGCCUUGUUUGAUUGGCUAUUAUACUUAUCGCGAAAUGCUUGAUCGAGGAUAGUUUUAAAAUUGAUAUCCACAGUUAAAGCUUUUUUUGUAAUGAAGAUGUUCGAUGGAAUAUUUGUUCUCUAUUGAAGGCCCAGAAUAGUACGAGGAUAAUGAUAAAAAAGUGUCAGCCAGUUCGUCGGGCAAUCCUGUGUCAUCCAAUCAUGUGGCUCGUUACACCAGCUGUUCGAGGUACCGUCUGUGUGUCGUCACACCGGGUCUAAUGGCGGUCGACCCCGAACGAUGGUAUUUUACGAAGGAACAACUUUUAAACAGUCCAUCGCGAAAACAUGGAAUCGACCCGGAGAAAGAACUUUCCUACAGACAACAGUCCGCCAACCUGAUACAAGAUAUGGGCCAACGCAUGAACGUAACUCAACUAUGCAUCAACACGGCCAUUGUAUACAUGCAUCGCUUCUAUAUGCACCAUUCUUUUACAAAAUUCCACCGCAAUAGCAUAUCGCCAGCAUGCCUUUUUCUAGCUGCCAAAGUAGAGGAACAACCAAGAAAAUUAGAACAUGUAGUUCGAGUAGCCCAUGCCUGUUUACAUCGAGAAGGACCUACAUUGGACCCUCAGAGUGAGGUAAGGAAAAUUGUGAAUACUUAG